AAUGACCUGCAUUGGGCUCACUGCGGGGCAGCAGCACUCAGCAGUUGCCUGGUGCCCAGCCUGCUCACAGAGGGACCACCAACCCCAAGUCUGGUGCUGAGAGAAUGGACUGUUCAGAGGACCGUGCCUACCGCCUCCUGAACGAGUAUUCCAACGGCUUCAUGAUCUCCCAGGUCCUCUUCACUGCCUGUGAGCUGGGAGUGUUCGACCUCCUUGCCGAGGCCCCAGAGCCUCUGGGCUCAGCUGUGGUUGCCGCUCGUCUGGGCACCAGCCCCCGCGGGACGGAGCUUCUCCUGGACGCCUGUGCAUCCCUGGAGCUGCUGACAGUGGAGACGAGAGGAGAAAGAGCUGUCUGUCAGAACACGGAGCUCUCCAGAACCUUCCUCGCCAGGGCCAGCCCCAAGUCUCAGCACAACAUGCAGCUCUACCUGUCCAGGACAACCUACCUGUGUUGGGGCCACCUGGCUGCAGCUGUGAGAGAGGGCAAGAACCAGUACACGAAGGCGUUCGGUGUUCCCUCCAACGAGCUCUUCACGGCCAUCUACAGGUCCGAGGCCGAGCAGCUGCAGUUCAUGCGAGGCCUGCAGGAGGCAUGGAGCGUCCAUGGGGGAGCCGUGAUGGCCGCCUUUGACCUAUCACCCUUCCCGCUCAUCUGUGACCUUGGAGGCGGUUCCGGGGCGCUGGCCAGGGAGUGUGUUUCCCUGUACCCUGAAUGCAGGGUCAUCGUGUUUGACGUGUCGGAGGUGGUACGGAUGGCAAAGAAGCACUUCUCAUUCCCAGGGGAGGAGCAGGUCAGCUUCCGAGAAGGAGAUUUCUUUAAAGACCCUCUUCCAGAGGCGGAUUUGUACAUCCUGGCGAGGGUCCUGCAUGACUGGACGGAUGAGAAGUGCUCACACCUGCUGGCACGGAUCCACCACACCUGCAAGCCAGGCGGUGGCAUCCUGGUGGUUGAAAGCCUCCUGGACGAGGACAGGCGAGGGCCCCUGACCACCCAGCUCUAUUCUCUGAACAUGCUCGUGCAGACCGAGGGCCGGGAGAGGACCCCAGCCGAGUACAGCACCCUCGUCUCCUCGGCCAGCUUCUGGGGCUUCCAGUUCAAGAAAACAGGGAAAAUUUACGAUGUUAUUUUAGUCAGGAAAUGACUCCACUCGCUGUGUCAACCAGGAUUCUCCAGAGAGGCGGAACUGUAGGAUGGCUGUCCGUCUGUCUGUCCAUUCAUCCAUCAGUUUACCAUCCAUCUGUUUAUCAUCUACCUGUCUGUCCAUCAUCCAUCUGUCCACCCACCCACCCACCCAUCUAUCAUUUAUCUAUUUCCUAUCACUUAUUUUUUGUCUAUUAUCUGUCAUUAUCUGUCUACUCUUUUAUCUAUCUGUAUCAUCUGUCAUCCAUCCAUCAUCUAUCAUAUAUCGUUUUGUCACCUGUCUGUCUUCUGUCUUGUCUCUCUGUACAUAUCUGUGUACGUGUACGUGUGUGUAUGUAUCUAUCUAUCAUCCAUGUUUACGCCUACGCCUGUAUCUAUCCCUCCUCUAUCUCCACCUCCACCCCAGACAUAUCUGUAUCAUCUCUGUUUCACAGUUGGGUUGGAUGUCACAGAUUGAAUUCUGUCCUCCAGGAAGAUAUUGUGGCAUCGAUGAAGCAAGCAGGCGAUGUCGUUAAUAUUAUUGGAACCAAUCCUUUAUGUGGCAGGUUUGGGAACAGGAUUUUUGUUUUGUUAUCCGUUAAGCUGAAAGAGACUGUAGCAGAGUAGAUGGGUGCUAACCCGAUCCCCACUGAGUGGUAUCUUACCAACGGGGAGAGCAGACGACUAGAUGGGUGCUAACCCGAUCCCCACUGAGUGGUAUCUUACCAAAGGGGAGAGCAGACGAGUAGAUGGGUGCUAACCCGAUCCCCACUGAGUGGUAUCUUACCAAAGGGGAGAGCAGACGACUAGAUGGGUGCUAACCCGAUCCCCACUGAGUGGUAUCUUACCAAAGGGGAGAGCAGACGACUAGAUGGGUGCUAACCCGAUCCCCACUGAGUGGUAUCUUACCAAAGGGGAGAGCAGACGACUAGAUGGGUGCUAACCCAAUCCCCACUGAGUGAUAUCUUACCAAAGGGGAGAGCAGGUGACUAGAUGGGUGCUAACCCGAUCCCCACUGAGUGGUAUCUUACCAAAGGGGAGAGCAGGCCACUAGAUGGGUGCUAACCCGAUCCCCACUGAGUGGUAUCUUACCAACGGGGAGAGCAGACGACUAGAUGGGUGCUAACCCGAUCCCCACUGAGUGGUAUCUUACCAAAGGGGAGAGCAGGUGACUAGAUGGGUGCUAACCGAUCCCCACUGAGUGGUAUCUUACCAAAGGGGAGAGCAGGUGACUAAAUGGGUGCUAACCCGAUCCCCACUGAGUGGUAUCUUACCAAAGGGGAGAGCAGACGACUAGAUGGGUGCUAACCCGAUCCCCACUGAGUGGUAUCUUACCAAAGGGGAGAGCAGACGAGUAGAUGGGUGCUAACCCGAUCCCCACUGAGUGGUAUCUUACCAAAGGGGAGAGCAGACGACUAGAUGGGUGCUAACCCGAUCCCCACUGAGUGGUAUCUUACCAAAGGGGAGAGCAGACGACUAGAUGGGUGCUAACCCGAUCCCCACUGAGUGGUAUCUUACCAAAGGGGAGAGCAGACGACUAGAUGGGUGCUAACCCGAUCCCCACUGAGUGGUAUCUUACCAAAGGGGAGAGCAGACGAGUAGAUGGGUGCUAACCCGAUCCCCACUGAGUGGUAUCUUACCAAAGGGGAGAGCAGACGACUAGAUGGGUGCUAACCCGAUCCCCACUGAGUGGUAUCUUACCAAAGGGGAGAGCAGACGAGUAGAUGGGUGCUAACCCGAUCCCCACUGAGUGGUAUCUUACCAAAGGGGAGAGAAGACAACUAGAUGGGUGCUAACCCGAUCCCCACUGAGUGGUAUCUUACCAAAGGGGAGAGCAGACGACUAGAUGGGUGCUAACCCGAUCCCCACUGAGUGGUAUCUUACCAAAGGGGAGAGAAGACAACUAGAUGGGUGCUAACCCGAUCCCCACUGAGUGGUAUCUUACCAAAGGGGAGAGCAGACGACUAGAUGGGUGCUAACCGAUCCCCACUGAGUGGUAUCUUACCAAAGGGGAGAGCAGACGACUAGAUGGGUGCUAACCCGAUCCCCACUGAGUGGUAUCUUACCAAAGGGGAGAGCAGGCCACUAGAUGGGUGCUAACCUGAUCCCCACUGAGUGGUAUCUUACCAACGGGGAGAGCAGAUGACUAGAUGGGUGCUAACCCGAUCCCCACUGAGUGGUAUCUUACCAAAGGGGAGAGCAGACGAGUAGAUGGGUGCUAACCUGAUCCCCACUGAGUGGUAUCUUACCAAAGGGGACAGCAGACGCAGGGUUGGGUCACUCCGGGGAAGCCAGUGCCCACGUUGGGUCACACCGGGGAAGCCAGUGCCCACGUGAAGACGUAUGCACAAGCCUACGAUCCUUGAGAAUUGUCGCUAGUCACGGGAAGCUUGGAGAGAGGCAGGAACAGAUUCCCCUCAGGGACUCAGAAGGCAUCAGCCUGGCCCUUCCCCUGAACCUGGCCUUCCAGCCUCCAGAACUUGAGAGACAAUAACAUUCCGUUGUUUAAAGCCAUUGGCCUUGUGCUAUUUUUUUAUGGCUGCCCCAGGAUGCUAAGACGUCCUUCCUUUCUGGGGCUUUUCCGAUGUGGCAGUGAGGGUUUCCACUUCUUAUUUUCCUCUUGUAUACACUUCAGAAAACUGGAAUUUGGUGCCAUCUUUCCUCUCGGUCUGAUCAUUUCUUUCCCACUGGAAGGCGAGAAGACAAAACAGAAUGGGAUCGUUAUUACACCACGGGAGGUAAGAAACGGCGGUUGUUGUUUGUCGUUAGCAGCCAUCUGGUCGCCCGACGCAUGGCGCCUCCGUAUCUGUCCGAAUAGAAGUGUGCCCCACGGGGUUUUCAAUGGCUGGUUUUUCAGAAGUAGAUCACGAGGCCUUUCUUCCGAGGCACCCCGGAUGGACUAGAAACUCCGACCUUUAGGCUAGCAGCUGAGCGCGUUCACUGUUGGCACCACCCAGGGCCUCCUUUCUGAAUUUUGUGAGCUCCUGACUCUCAACCUGCGGCAUCUGGGCCCAAACGCCAAGACACCUGAAACUCCUCGAAAACCAAACCAAAACAGUUGUAGUCCAGUUGACCCCAACUCAUGGUGCCCCAGGAGCCCUGGAGUCGCAGUGGUUAAAGCUCUCUGCUGCUAGCCGAAAGGCCGGUAGUUGAAACCACUAGCCGCUCCGUGGGAGAAAGAUGUGGCGAUCUGCUUCCAUAAAGAUUCCAGCCUUGGAGACCCUAGGGGGCAGUUCUCCUUUGUCCUAGAGGGUUGCUGUGAGUCAGAAUCGACUCAACGGCAGUGGGUUUGCUUUGGUUUUGGUCAUGGGACCCCCAUGUGUGUCAGGGUACAACUGUGCUCCGCAGGGUUUUCAAAGCCUGGUUUGUCGGAAGUAGGUUGCCAGGCCUUUCCUUCUAGGAGCCUCUAGAUGGAUUUGAAUAUCAACCUUUCGGCUUGUAGUUGAGUGCUUAAUCACUUGUUCCACUCAGGGCCUUCAGGAAAUGGUGCCCCCAUCUCAGACUUGAAGUUUAAGCAAGCACUAAGGCUGUCUGUUUCUUUUGCGACGUGCAGCCCGUUGAAGAGGCAUCUGUCGCGGAAGAGAGAGAGCGGGGAGAAGGUGCAGAAUUCCAUGACACCUUUUAAAAUUAGAUGAAGCAGGAGGGAAGGAGAAUAUGGGGCAUCUGGGUGUCUCUCGAGUUCUCGGAAACCAGGCAGCCUCAUUUUAAAGUGUCCUGUCAAAGUUGGGGAAUGACUAACACGGGUUUGUGAUGGUCGGGGAAUGGACGAGCUGGUCACGCCUGAGGGAGUGUGUUCAACUGCCAGUCUGUGGGGCCCCAACUUGAGCUAGGUCAUAGUGGGUCACUGUCCUUGGGGUGACCUAGGCCCACUGCUGUGAGUGGGGUCCCUGUCCUUCGGGGUCUCAUGGGCUCACUGCUGAGAAUGGGGUCCCUGUCCUUGGGGGUCUCAUGGCUCACUGCUGAGAAUGGGGUCCCUGUCUCUGGGGGUAUCCUGCUGAGAAUGGGGUCCCUGUCCUUGGGGGUCUCAUGGGCUCACUGCUGAGAAUGGGGUCCCUGUCCCUGGGGGUGCUCUGGGCUCCCUGCUGAGAAUGGGGUCCCUGUCCUUGGGGGUGCUCUGGGCUCACCGCUGAGAAUGGGGUCCCCGUCCUUGGGGGUCUCCUGGGCUCACUGCAGAGAAUGGGGUCCCUGUAGUGGGCUUUCAAAGGUGCGUGGGCAGCUCAUUGUGGGGGACCUCAACUUAUUGGGGAAUAAAGAUUAUUUUUGAUAAAUCCCCACUCCAGCAAUGUCCUGCCAAAUCGCCCUCCCUCAGGGGGACGAAGCCUUGUUUGAUGCCGGACUUCUCCAGCCCCAUGGAGAUCCGUCUGUGCUUGCCCGCCUGCCUGCCUGCGUGUGCGCAUUUAUCUGCCAGCCAUCUGUUACGUACCUAUCUCAUCUCUCUAUUUAAUCUGUCUGUGUACCUGGCAGGAGGCCUGGUGGCACAGUGGUUAAGAGCUCGGCUGCUAACCAAAAGAUAGGCUGUUCAAAUCCACCAGCUGCUCCUUGGAAACCCUGUGGGGCAGUUCUCUGUCCUAUGGGUUCGCUAUGAGUUGGAAUCGACUAGAUGGCUCCUAAAAACAUCUACCUGUCUGUCUGUCUACCUGUCUGUCUAUUUGUCUGUCUACCUACCCUACCUACCUGUCAUCUAUCUAUCUUUGGCAGUGGUUCUUAACUGGGGGUGAUUCUGUCCCCCAGGGGACACUUGGCCAUGUCUGCAGACACUUGUGGUUGUCAGAACCAGGGCAGGGGGUUUCUAUUGCCAUCGAGUGGGUGGAGACCAGGCAUGCUGCUCAGUACCCUGCAGCGCACAGGACGGCCCCCACCACAGACGAUGAACCAGAGCCAAGUGUCUGUGGUUCCGAGGCUGAGAGACCCGGGGUGAAGCCAGGAGCACGUAGACUUCACUGGUCAUGUUCUCUGCAGUGACAAACUCAGCUUCGAGGGCUGAGUACCUUGAUGAAAAGGUCUCCCGGUGCAAUGGCAGGAGAGUGUGGACGGUGGCCCGGGAAGGGUCUGCUUCUCCACCUGGGGGCAGGGACAUGAGAAGGUAUUUGAAAGACCUUCUUCAUUUUUUUUUUUUUUUUAAAUAAUACCUAAUUGUGUUUUAGGAGAAAGUUUACACAGCAAAUCAGGUUCCCAAGUACAGUUUUUAUAGAGAUUGUUCCAUGACUUUGGUUAUACUUUUCACACUGUGUUAGCGUUCUCCUUAUUUCUAUUCUCGUUGUUCUGUUUCCAUCAAUCUAGCUUCCCUGCCCCUUACCCCUUACCCCUUACCUUCUCGUCUGUGCUUGAGGGUAAACGUGGACUGUUUGGUCUCGUAUAGUUGAUUAUUUAAGGGAGCAUGUUACUCACGGAUGGUAUUGUUUAUUUUAUAAGCCAACCUAUUAUUUGGAUAAAAUGAGAUCUCUGGGAGCGGCUUCAAUUCCAAGUUUAAAGGGUGUCUCAGGGCGAUAGUCUCAGGGGUUCCUCUAGUCUCUAUCGGUUCAGUAAGUCUGGCCUUUUUUAGGAACUUGAGUUUUGUUCCACAUUUUUCUCCCAUUUUAUCCAGGACCUUCUAUUGUGUACCUGGUCUGAACAGUUGGUAGUGGUAGCAGGGCACCGUCUAGUUCUUCUGGUCUCAGGCUAGAUGAGACCAUGGUUCAAGGCCUUCUUUAUUUAAAAAAAAAUUAUUUUAUUUUAUUUUUGGUAAAAACGCAGAGCAAAACACACACAACACAGAUGUUGAGAAGAGACAAGGACAUUCCUGCAGAGCCAACAGAGAGAGAUAAGCCUUCCCCUAGAGCCAGUGCCCUGAAUUUGAACUUGUAGCCUCCUAGACUGUGAGAGCAUAAAUUUCUGUUUGUUAAAGCCACCUGCUUGUGGUAUUUCUGUUAUAGCAGCACUAGGUGAGUAAGACAUAGGCAGAGAUCGGAGCGAUGCUGCAGAAGUGAAGCCAAAGAACUCCAGAGGUGGCCGGCAACACCAGAAGCCAGGAGGGAGGCCAGAGAGUGCAGUACGUCCUCACCCAGGUGGUCCCUGUGGAUGGAGCAGGUGGGAGGCUGUGCUUGGGCGCAGUCCCCAGGCGGCUCUGCAGGGGGCACUCCUGCUCCACGCGCCCUUCUACUGAGGCUCGAAAAAGCAGCCCCUUCGCAGAAAGCAGAAAUCUUAGCCUGGGUUUUCAAAAAAAAAAACCAGAUGUUGUCUUAAUGAGACCGUUUUGGCAGACUCCCCGCCCUUCUAAUUAAGAUACAAUUUUAAAAUAUAGUUUAUUUUUGUUGUUGUUGAGAAUAUACAGAGCAGAACGUACGCCAGUUCAACAUUUCCUACAUACGCAAUGCGGUGAUGCUGGUGACAUCCUUUGAGUUGUGCAACUCUUCUCACCCUCCCUUUCUGAGUUGUCCCCCCCCCACAUUAACAUAAACUCGUUGCUUCCUAUAUUUCCUGUCUAACGUUUCCAGUUGCGUGGUUAGUCGGGUCCCAUGUAGAUAAAACCAAAACCCGCUGCCAUCGAGUCCAUUCCGACUCAUAGCGACCCUCUAGGACAGAGUAGAACUGCCCCAUAGGGUUUCCAAGGAGCGGCUGGUGGAUUCGAACUGCCGACCUUUUUAGUUAGCAGCCAUAGGACUUUAACCACUGCGCCACCAGGGUUUCCCCCAUACAGCUAGAUCUUGAAGAUGCACAAUGCUCAAGGCAGAAAUUCCUCACUAGUUAAGCUAAACUACUGUUUGGUUUUAAGAAGACUUCAAGGGGAUAUUUUUUGUUUAAAGUUUGAGGUUGAAAGAUUAUCUCCGGGCAAUGGUUUUGGGGGUUCAUCCAGCCUGCGUGGCUCCAGGAAGUCUAGAUUCCAUGAGAAUUUGAAAAUUCUGUCCUACACUUUCCCCCUUUUGAUGUUGCCUUAAUGAGAUCAUUCUGACAGUGCCUGCUCCCCACCCCCCAGGAGUUCUGUGGGAGAAAAGACCUGGUGAUUUGCGUCCUUUAAGAUUACAGCCUAGGAAACCCUAUGGGGCAACACUUUAAAGAUGUGUGGUUUAUUAUGUGUCCAUUAUACAUCAACAAAUGCUUACUAAAACAUGAUAGCAGUGAGGAUGCUGACCUGGGACUGUCCUCCAGCUACCUGUCUGUCACUGACGCUCACCUCUGCCAAGCUUGUUCCUGUUUGAGCCAGGGAGCCGGGCACCUCGAACGCGAGUAGAUACUCUCCCCAUGUCUUUGAGAUUCGGUUCCUGACCACAGUGGAGCCUCGCUGGCCAUAAAACACUCAAACCCGUUUUCCUUAGCGUUUUAGUUACCACAGGCUAUUGUAACAGCUACGACAAGGCGGUGGCUUUGAAGAACAGGAAUUUAUUUUCUCCCAGCUCUGGAGGCUAAAAGCCCGAAUCAGGGUCUCAGCUGUGUCAGUUCCUUCUGCAGCCCCUUUUCUAGCUUCUGGUGUCUGCUGGCCAUCCUUGCUGGUCUUUUGGUUGUCGACAGCCCCCAUGUGGUGUCUGUCUUCCCCUGUAUGUGUCUCUCUGUGUCUAUUCUGCUUUUUUUUUUUUUAAUAUAAGACACCACUCACAAGAGUUUAGCUUUAGGAUCUACCCUACUCUGUUAUGACCUCAUUAAUAUAAUUUUAAAAAACCCAAACCAGCUGCCUUGGAGUCGAUUCUGACUCUCGUUCACGGCAACCCUGUGUGUGCACUUCUCAAGGCUGUGACCUUUUGGAAACAGAUCACCCAGACUUUCUUCUGAGGCACGUCUGGGUGAAUUCAAACUUUCAGUUAGUAAACCGGUUGUCAUCAAGUUGAUUCUGACCCAUAGCGACCCUAAAGGUCGGAGUAGAACUUCCCCAUAGGGUUUCCAAGGUUGUUCACCUUUAUAGAAACAUACUGCCACAUCUCUGGUGGGUUUGAACCACCAACCUUUUGCUUAGCAGCUGAGCACUUAACCACUCAACUGCUUAAAUGUUCGCGCCAUCCGGGGAACACAUCGCCUAAGAAAAACAAACCCUGUUUCCUUGUAUUUAUCAAGCCUUCUCUAUGACAUUCCAGGCAAAGGGCUGAGCUCUGAGGAGACGUGAGCAAACGUAUCCACCGUGGUCCCACCCUGCUUGGGACUUGUAUUCCAGAGCAAUCCGGUGUUUCCAUGGAGCCCUGGUGGCACAGUGGUUAAGAACUACGGCUGCUAACCAAAAAGGGUCAGGAGUUCGAAUCCACCGGCCACUCCUUGGAAACCUUAUGGGGCAGUUCUGCUCUGCUCUCCAGGGUGUUAUGAGUUGGAAACAACUUGACAGCAAUGGAUUUGGUUUGGCUUUAGUUUUAGUGCUGGGUUCAUCGGCGAGCCUUAGCUGGUGCCCACGCUUAGGGAUUUUAUAGCACUGGGAUGCUGGGAAGAAGGUGGGAGAAGGGGGGCGGGGAUGGCCACAGGCUUCGCUGCGUUUGAUGAAGGGCAGGUGAUAGGAAAUAUUAUCACUAAAUCAGGUCCUGCCUGGGCUUGCUUUCUUUAUUGAAAGGUCAUGACAUUGUGGACCACGAAAAGCCCCAAAAGUUGUGUUUGUCUAACUGAGCAUUUAAGGCAGGAGAGGUUAUCUGUGAUUCCCGGAAGCAACCCACUUACAGACCAAAGCCAGCGUUUGAUGAAAUUCCACGAGGGGUUCUGCUGCUGCCCGAAGGCUGGUUAGUUGCAGCCACCCUGUGGGGUUGGUGGUGACCCAUGCUGACCCUCAGCACACUAACCAUGCCAUCCUGGUCCACCUGCAGGCACACAGGUGAGCUUCUGUCCUGACACCAUCCAGUACAUUUCUUAGCUGCACCCAGGAGGACGCCGACCUCUUUAACGACCCCGUUUCCCUUGUUUUGUGGGUUUUUUUUUCGGUGAAAAAAUUACUCCACAUUGCCUUCUAUCGUGGGUUCAAUGGAGUCCUUCCACCCCCACCCCACCCAAAAAAAAGUUCAAGUCCUUGCCUCAGGACCUUGUUUGGAAAUAGGGUCUUUGCACCAGGACUUUGAACCAGAAGGAACCAGAAGCCCUGCUUUGCAGGCGUGAUGAAGGCAAGGGUCUUAAGACGAGAUCGUCCUGGACUAGCAAACCUGGAACCCAAACCAGUUGCCAUUGGCUCCGACUCCUAGUGAUCCUUUAGGACAGAGGAGGACUGCCCCAUAGGAUUUCCAAGGCUUUACGGAAGCAGACUGCCACAUCUUUCUCCCUCAGAGUGGCUGGUGGGUUCGAACCGCUGAGCUUUCAGUUAGCAGCUGAGCUCUUAACCACCGCACCUCCAGGGCUUCUUUUUUGGGAUUAGACUGGGUCCUGAAUCCAACGGUGGGAGCCUCGGUGGUGCAAGCAGUUUGUGAUCGACUACAAACCUAAAGGCGGAUGGUUUAAACCCCCUCAGAGGCUCUGCAGAAGAGGCCUGGUCAUUUGCUUCCAUGAAGAUGACAGCCUAGCAUACCCGGUGGGACUCAGUCUUCCUCCGUCACACAUGGGGUCGCCAGGAGUCGGGACUGACUCGGCGGUAACAGGGUUGGUUUUGGGUUGUAAAUCCAAUGACUGGGGUCCUUAGAAGAGAAGAGGAGCUGCAGAGACAGAGGGGAGAUGCCAUGUGAAGACAGAGCAGAGACGGGAGUGAUGUUGCCACAGGCUCAGGAACGCCUGGGGCCACCAGGAGCCGGGAGAGACAGGAAGGACCCUCCCCUGGAGCCUCUGGAGGGAGAGCGGCCCUGUCCACACCUUGGGUUUAGACUUCUGGUCCCCAGAACUGUGAGAGAAUACAUUCCUGUGGCCUUAAGCCACCCAGCGUGUGAUACUUUGCUACGUUGGCCUCAGGAAGCUCGUUCGGGGGUGUGUUUCCGUAUUGUCUUUUCUCCCAAACAGGCUGGUAUAUUGGGGGCAGCCUCUUGCCCUUCCUCUGAUCUCAUUCCACCAAAGGGCUUGAGGAUUAUACAACGGUUUUCUGAUCUUUUGGGUGGGUAACUGUCUUAGUCCCUGGUGCUGUUAUAACAGAAAUGCCACAAGGGGGUGGCUUUAACAAACAGGCAUUUAUUUUCUCACAGUUCAGGAAGCUAGAAGUCCUAAUUCAGGGCACUGGCUCCAGGGGAAGGCUCUCUCCCUGUCGGCUCUGGGGGAAGGUCCUUGUCUCAGCUUCUCUAGUGUUCUCAGCAUUCCUAGGUGAUCUUCACGUGGCGUCUAUCUUCCCCUGUCUGUGCUGGCUUCUCUCUGGGUCUAGCCUGCUCUUUUUAUAUCUCAGGAGUGACUCGGUUUAGGUCCUACCCUACAUUGACACGGCCUCACUAACAUAACAAAGAAAAUCCUAUUCCCAAAUGGGAUUACAUCCACACGCGUAGGGGUUAGGAUUUCAACACUUGUUUUGGGGGGACACGAUUCAAUCCGUAACAGUGACUAUAUAUAUAUAUACAUACACACACACAACCCAGCCAUGUCUCUGCUGGAGACUGGGAAAACCCUGUUGUUGUUGGGUGCCGUUGAGUCAGUUCUGACUCACGGUGAUCCCAUGUGACAGUAGAACAGCCCCAUAUGGUUUCCAAGGCUGCAGUCUUCACGGGAGCAGAUGACCAGGUCUGUCCUCCCACGGAGCUGCUGGUGGGUUUGAACCGCAAACCUUUAGGUUAGCAGUCGAGUGCUUAACCUCUGUGCCACCAGGGCCCCCAUACAGGCACACCAGGGUGCUUCAAAUGCCAGGGAGAGUGGCUGCCAGGGGCACAUUUUGGGGCACAAUCACAGUCUUUUUUCUGAGCUCUGCUUCAAUGUCUUCAGCUUGAUCCAGUCUCCGUUUAGGGUUUGAGCAUUUGGGAUUUCUUCCAAGAGAGCAGUGUGGUGCGUGCUGAGUUUUAGAAUUACUCUUGGGGGCAGGGGCGGAUUAGCCAGUAAACACAGUGUGCACCUGCUUGCUUUAAGCAAGGUGUGCAGGGCCUUAAUUGUAUUUACUUGCCAACCUGUGGUGAGCAAACCCACGUGGGUUUCAGCACAUCUUGGCUGUGGUGAAAAUCAGGUGGGACUGGGUGCUGUAGGCUGGUGGGAAGGCGCCCGCAUACCUUGCUUAUUGGGUCACCUGGCCCUGCUCCGGGGCUGCUGGAGCCCUGGUGGUAGAGUGGUUAGGAGCCAGGCUGCGAACCGAAUGGUCGGCAGUUGGAAUCCACCAACUGCUCCUUGGAAACCCUAUGGGGCAGUUCUACCCUGUCCUAUAGGGUCGCUGUGAGUCAGAAUCGACUCGACAGCAAUGGGUUUGGCUUUUUUUUGAGGGGGGGGGGUCCAUUAUUCUUCCAGAGAUUUUCAGUUUACAAAGUCCUUGAAGGGAGCGUAUUGCCCCUGCCCCUCUUAUUUAAUGGCGAGCCCACUUCGCGUGAGAGGACGGAGCCUGUGGGUGGUCUCUGGAGACAACGGAUGCCUUCCGGCCCAGGAAGGGACAGGAUGACUUGUUUCCCUUUUAAAAACCAGUUACCAUGGAGUCCAUUCUGACUCACGGUGACCCCAAGUGUGUCAGAGUAGAACUGUGCUCCACGGGGUUUUCAGUGGCUGAUUUCUCAGAAGCAGCUUGCCAGGCCUUUCUUCCAAGGUGCCUCUGGGUGGACUUGAACCUACAGACUUUUGGUUAACAGCUGAUCAAGUUUACCGUUUGCUGCCCACACUUACUGGUAUCUUUUUCACCCAAAUUGGCUCUCUGUGAUUCUAUUAGAAAGAAAACCCAAUCGCCUCCCAAGACAAGAUGUAAAGAACUAGUAGAGACUUGGUAUAACAAUCGGAGAUAAAUAUGCCGACCUCUGGUUUGUAAGUGGGACUCCCAAUAGGCAGGGGCGUUGAUUUUUCUUUGUUGUAUAUAAACAUAGGUGCCCUGGUGGCACAGCGGUUAAGCACUCAGCUGCUAACCGAAAGAUCGAUUCUUCGGAUCCACCCAGCAGCUCAAGGAAGAAAGAUCUGUCAAUCUGCUCCCUCGAAGAUUAAAUUAAAAAAACCAAACCAAACUGUUGCCAUCGCGUCGAUUCCAACUCGCAGCAGCACUGUAGGACAGAGUAGAACUGCCCCAUAGGGUUUCCAAGGCUGUAAAUCUUUACGGAAGCAGACGGCCACAUCUUUCUCCCACCGAGCGGCUGGUGGGUUCCAACUGCCAACAUUUUGGGUCGCAGCCGAGCACUUUAACCACUGCGCCACCAGGGAAGUGAACAGCGGAGGGGAAAUUUGAAAGGUGGUGUCUCAUUAAAAGUCCCUCAUGAAAGGUAGGCGUAUAAAGAUGAUUAAAAAAAACCAAACCAAACCCACUGCCGUCGAGUCGAUUCCGACUCAUAGCAACCCUACAAGACAGAGUAGAACUGCACCAUGGAGUUUCCAAGGAGCGCCUGGUGGAUUCGAACUGCCGACCUCUUGGUUAGCAGCCGUAGCACUUAACCACUACGCCACCAGGGUUUCCAUAAAGAUGAUAUGAAAGUAAAUUAAAAGAAAAAAAUCUUUCAGACUAAAUUUAUCACAGCGAACUUUUUAAUAUAUUCGAUUUGAACAUCCGGGUAAUUACCUUGCUUAAAUUCUGUGCAAGACUCCUUGCUUUCUUAUAUUUUCAUAUUUGCAUAAUUCAUUUCAUUACGAGUGAAACCAGGCUUCUCACAGCGAAGGUUCUGAGUGUCUGGCACUGAUACUCACGGGUCGGACAAUUAUAAUAGCUUCUGUGGAGUGAAAUCAACCUUAAACUUCUUUUUGGUGCAGACAGUUCUCCUUAUUGAACACCUGGGAUAUUCGUAUGAAAAUGGAAGGUAUUGUUCAGUGAGUAAGAAGCUAUCUUACAUUUGUAGAUUUUUUUAUUGGUAAAUGAGCUUCUAAAUUUUUCAUUCUGGAAUCAUCGUAGCCCUACCAAACAGUUGCAAAUGCAGAACAGUGAGUCCUUGUAUACCCUUCACCCAGCUUUCCCUCAAAAAAAAAAAAAAGAGAAGAAAACAAAAAACUAAACCCAUUGCUGUUGAGUCGAUUCCAACUCAUAGUGACCCUGUAGGACACAGUAGAACUGCCCCACGGGGUUUCCAAGGAGUGGCUGGUGGAUUCCAACUGCCAACCUUUUGAUUAGCAGCUGAGUUCUUAACCACUGCACCACCAGGGCUCCAUGUUGUUGUUGUUAGGUGCUGUUGACUCAAUUCUGACUCAUAGCGACCCGGAGCACAGCAGAACAAAACACUGCCCGGUCCUGCACCAUCCUCACAAUUUUUGCUAUGCUCGAGCCCAUCGUUGCAGCCGCUGUGUCAAUCCAUACCUAUAUAUUUAUCAGGGCUCCGUACCUAUAUAUAUAUCCAAAAAACCAAACCCAGUUCCCGUGGAGUGGAUUCCCACUCAUAACGACCCUAUAGGACAGAGUAGAACUGCCCCAUAGGGUUUCCAAGGAGCAGCUGGUGGAUUCAAACUGCCAACCUUUUGGUGAGCAGUCGUAGCUCUUAACCACGGCCCCA